AAGUUCAAUUCAAUUGAAUUUCAAUCUUUAAUCUGCUUUAUUCAUAGAACAGCAUAGAACCUUCAUCAUAAAAAAAAAAACAUAAUAAAUAUUAAUUUAAUUUAACUACUUCUUCGAAGAAUUGUAGAUGUAUAUAUUUCCAUUAAAUAAAGAGGAGAGUUUAAUAUUGCUUAUUUCAUUUCAUAUACAUGUACAAAAAAUUGUUAAUUAAGUGAUACUUUCAAUGAAUCAGUUUCUUCAAUAUUAGAACGGAAAGUACGUGGUUGGCUCAGUGGAGUUAUUGACGACAUGCGUCGUAGCAGCCCAGUGCAGCAGUGGCUGGACUCACUGCCAAUUGACAAUGAUCAGACUCAAGUUGAAUCCAAUGUUGCAAUUACUUUAAAUGGAACUAAUGAAAAUGAAGUUGAUACAAGAACAGUUUCUGGGGAUAUCAAGGCUGAAGAUACCAUAACUGAAAACACAGUCAUUGAAGCUAACAAUGAUAUUUUACAAGAUGACCAAACAUUGGAUGUUCCAGAAACAAAAGAAAUAUGGAAGAGAAAAUCUUUAGAGAGUGGAGUCCUUACUAAUGUCCAAUCACAGAGCUCUAAAACAAAAUUAAAAAGAGAUCAUUCCAUUCAGUCUGAAGGUUGCUCACCUAGAAUUAAAAAUCCUUUACUAAGAGAUCAGUCACUGCAAUCUGAUGCCAGUGGGUCUAGUGGCAGUUCUGUUUUAAAUGUGCUGGGAGCAAGAAAAGUUGAUGCCGAGUCUGUUUUAUUAGCAUUGGGCUUUGGACCAAGUGAGAAGCAACAAAAACUUCAGAGAAUACCUGACAGAUUUUUAGUGCCAUCAAAGUUGCAAGGAAUAAGUACUGAGCAAUUUAUUAAAAACGAACAGCACUCCAUGAAAAUGCAUGAUUGUGGAGUGUUUGGCUACAGAGGAUUAACUGGGAAUCCUCAUGUUCCACCAUCGACAAUUGUAGCUAAAAUAAUAGAUUGUUUGCUACAAGAUGAAGAGUGUCGUCAAGAAGCAUUAAUAAAAGCUCGACAUUCAAUAGCCGACAUGCGAAGCGCGCCGGCCAUUCACGCACAUAUAGCUGCCAGACUUCGGAGCACCUGAUUUAUUUUUAACAAAUCCGUAAUUAAUCUACCCUAUUGUUAGUUAAAUUUUUGAACAAUAUGGCAUUUACAAACUAAUGACACAGAUCCCUUAAAGUAAAUUAAUUGGUAAGUAUUGAAUUCGUAUAAUCGUGAUAAAGAAUAACUUUUUGUAGGCUCAACUGACAAUUUAAAACAUAAUAUUCUUCAUUAGGUACUACCGUGCAAAUAGUUUGAUAGACAUGGUAUUAGAUAAAAAUUGUUUUGAGAUAAUGUAGGGUAUAUUUUUUUUGUAAAUUAUCUGUAGAUCCGAUGAGAAUUUGGUCUGAGAGCACACUGAUACCGUAUUAUAUACAAAAUGAAUUAUUAAUCAUAAAGUAAUAUUUAUAUCUCAAAUUAUUUACAAAGAUAUAUAAAUGUAUUCUUAUUACUAUUUAUUAGAACUUCAGUGAGUGAAAAAAAAAAUACCUAUAAUGGUUCAAAUUAUAUUAUCAUUUUUAAUGAUUUGGCUGUGUAAACGUUGCGUUGCUAAUACUAAACUGUCUUUAGAAAAAAUAAUAACGUUUAACUGCGCGGACACACACUCGACGAGUGGUAACUGGUAUGAGAAGUAACGAGGAAAGUAGGCAGAGACAUAGUGUGGCCACGUUACUCGUCAUGCCUCGUCACGUCAUCCGUCGUGCUCAUCGUCCUGCUCACUGCUCCCUAUUUUGUCGGUUUUGCGCGCGAGUCAAAGGACCGGCAAUACGAGUGCGAAUGACUGGCCACAUAAUCACGCGAUCACACUUCUUAAUUCACAUCGAGCGCUCGCGCAAGACGCACACGUAUGAAAAAUUGUAAAUCGACAUGAGUCGCCAAGCAUGGAAUGGUCUUAUGAAAAAGUGUUAAUGUUUUUUAUGUUUGAGCACGACGACGACGAUGUAUAUUUAAUUUUACUACCUAUAUAAUUAUAUUAUUAUUAGCUAAGUAUACUAAAAAUGCAUAGCGCGCACGCUGCCAUUGUUUCAACGUCCAUUGUGUGAGACAAGGCAAAUGACAAGUCAGGAGCGUCGCGAUUAUUGCGCGAGUAGAGCAGUGUGUGGCCAGAGAGGGCAAUGUCGCGGCGAAUAACGGCAGCGCGAGGAGCAUAGUGUGGCUGCAGCAUAAAACAAUACGAUGAGCACGAAUAAAAUAUUAGAUUGCGCACUAAAUCUUGGCGCUAAUCAACGAUAUAGAAUAUAGCUUAAUACUAAAAAAUGAAAACCCACUAAUGCCAAACAUAGAGGCCAUUGAGAGUAUAAUAACUUAUUGUAAUUUUAAAUUUACUGACUCAAGUAUAGUAUAAGCGUCGUGGCUCAAUGUAACUUAGUUCUUAAUCCAAGAAAUACUUAAAAAUUAUCUGACCAUACUGCAGCAACCAGAAAAUAAUAUUUAUAAUUAUUAUGACAUAAUAAUUUAGCUUAAUGAAUUUAUUUAAUGUUUACAUAAUAAGUUUUUAACGUUUUAGAGAUGACCUUUUUCAUAUUAUUAUAAAUAAAGAUUUAUCAUAUACAUAGUUAUAAGUAAUAUCAAUAUUAAAUAUUUUUAAAUAAGUAGGUACAUAAUAUUAUACAUACUUAGUUAAGUCUGAAUUCGAAAUUCUUGUUGUACUUAUUUCCUGAUACUUAAUUGAUUGACUUAUUUUUUGUAUUAGAUUACGCUCUGAACUUUAUAUAAAACUUGCCUCUAUUUUUUAUAACGGUAACGUGUCAUUAAAAGUUGUAAAAAUACCUAGAUAAACCUAGAUAGUCAUAAUUUGUCAACAAAAAAUAUCAAUUUUUAGGUGUGCAAAAAAAUUGUGAUAUAUAAUGUAAAUUACAAGCACAUCGUAAUAAUUAGUUUACAAUAGCACAAUUUGUUUAUCAACUUUUAAUGACCGGUAAUAAUGUACGUACAAUGUAGUUCACAAAUUUUUAGGUUGUGUUUUUUUAUUUAGUUCGUUUCUUUUACUCUGGUUACCAGUUCUUUAAUGUAUAAAUGACAAAAAAUUAUAGUAUAGUGAGAUGUUCAAAUUAAUAAAUGAGAUAAUUAUAUAGUGUAGAAACCAUUGUGAUAGUAGAUUAUUUGUCAUGCAAUAAAAAUCUCCAUUUUGUGUUGCCUUUCGCUCUUUUUUGUAAGUGAGAAAAAGUAUGUUUUAUUAUUAUUUAAAUCUAUUUUUUCUUUAGUAUUAAUUAAAAGAAUAAUAAUUAAUCUUAAUAUUUUGAUUGAUCCGUGCCUUAAUCAAAUAUUAUAUAAAUAUCCAACAAAGUAGAAUUGUUGUAGGAUUCUGUACUUCCUAUAUUGUUAAUUUUAUUAGAUAUACUUUGCUCAUUAUAAGUUACUUAAUUAUACAUAACUAAUUUUAUAAAUUUCGACAUUUUUUUUUAGAUGUGCAAUACUUUUAGUGCAAAUAUCUUUGUUGUUAUGGAGUGAUUAAAUUUCUUUAUAUUUA